AUGGUGAAUGUCUAUGACUUUGGCCGCGUGAAGGUGAUCACGUCCCAGGCUAUGAGCGUCGGGAGCACAGCGGUGGGCACGCCCCGGGUGUCCUGCACGCGGUGCUCAGCGACGCUGCCCGCCAGCACCCGGGGCCCGGGCUCCCAGCCCCGUCUGCGGGAGCCAGCCCGGGAGGGGUCACGUCGGAUUGGCUGUUUCGGCGCCUGCAUCCCCAGCAGACGAAGACAGGUUAAUAUAUUUCCUCUCUCCCCGUGUCUCUGUCCCUCAGCCUUGUCAGACCUUCUGAAAUUACUGUUUCUGUUUUAA